CAUGUGUUGCAUGGUUUUUAGUGCCUUUAGGGUUCACCGUGUGUCCCUGCGAUGGCCCUUGUGUCCUUGCCAUUUGGGAUCGCAGUUGGUGCAUGCCUGGCAUUGGUGUCCGCUGGCGAUGCUGGCUGCAUGCUGCAGCACAGGGCUGGAGAUCCGCAGAAAAACCAGACCUACAGUUUCUCGAUGGAUCGCCUCGCCUACCGGAGCGACUGCCAGCUGGGCUCCAGCUACACUUCGGGUUGCAAGACACGUGCCGUGAUGGAGUUGAAACCCUGUGAAGCGACAAGUCGGGAGGAUCCGCAGGAGCUCAGCGCCUGCAUCCAGGAGUUGGAGUGGCCCCAGGCAAACGAUUUCUCGCAGAAAAUAAAAAAUCAGGAGACUCAAGAAGAGGCCAUGACAAAGGCAGUGGAAGCCACUGGUGGCGGUUGGGGCUUACAGGUGUCCGCCAGCGUGGAUUUUAUGUCUCAAAGCACCAGUGCUUCUACCUCAGUCAGCUUCCAAAUAGCGCAGGCCAGGCAAGUGCGGAAAUCCUUCAUUGAGCACGGGCGCACACUGACCUUAGCACCGGAAGCCAGAAAGUUAUUGGAACAGAAUCCGUGGGAGUUCUUGAAUGUCUAUGGCGGAUACUUUGUACAGUCCAUUAUUCAUGGAGGUUCUUUCGUUGGAACUGCGACUGUGAGAUCCCUCGAAACUGGAAGUUCCCAAAGUCUCGGCGCCUAUGCUGACUUGCAGUUCAGCGGCACCAUGGGCUUCUCAGCAGACUUCAAAUCCGUCUUCGAAGAGACCAAAAAAGACACGAGCAGCUUCACGGAUGUGCAAACCGACUUUCAACAAUUGGGAGGAAUCUUGGAUGCGCAAGAUGCAGAGGUGAAAGAUUCAGAGCAACUGGACGCUCUCAACCAGCGGUUUGAGAAAUGGAGCGAGACCGUGAGCAAAGCGCCGCAACAGCUGCUCAUGAGCUUGCAGCCAUGGAUGGCCAUUGGCGAGGUGCACGAAAUCUUGCAAAACUUUAAUUCAAGUAUCCGGAAUCAAAUUUUUGCCUAGUAUAUUUGGUGUCCCCCUGAUGUGCUCGCUCAUGUGCCCCCUCUAUAUAGAUGUGAAAAUAUUUUGUGUAUUCACUCGCCAAAUUCGAGGAAUUUGUUCUACCAUCAAACUUCCGACCAAGUGGUCGGUUCGCUGACAAAAGAAACUUGGUUUGUGGAAAGCCUCAAGGAAGAUGCGGAUUCACUUCAGAACAGGCGGUUGCAGGCUCGGUGCGGAACCCACAGCG